UCUCUUGCAAACAAAACAUAGUUUUAGUGGGUAGGUAGAGACGAUGGUUAGCGUCAAAUGGUGGUGUGGCUCAAGUCUCAACAGCCACCAAACCAAUAUAUUAACUGUUUGUUGUUUCCCUACGCCAACUCAACUCACCUGCGUCUCCCUCCUUCCCUCCCUUUGACCAUCUUCAAUGUCUUCGUCUAUCGAACAAAUCCAUAAUGUCAUCACCUGCAAAGCUGCGGUGGCAUGGGGACCUGGGGAGCCGUUGGUGCUGGAGGAAGUACAACUGAGUCCACCACAAUCGCACGAGAUUAGGAUCAAAGUCGUCUCCACCUCUCUCUGUCGCAGCGACCUCACCGCUUGGGAAUCUCAGGCUAUUUUCCCUCGGAUAUUUGGCCAUGAAGCAUCAGGGAUUGUCGAGAGCAUUGGAAAGGGAGUGACCGAAUUUGAAGAGGGGGAUCAUGUGCUCACAGUAUUCACGGGAGAAUGCAGGACUUGCAGGCAGUGUACCUCAGUUAAAAGCAACAUGUGCCAAGUAUUGGGUCUGGAAAGGAGAGGUGUAAUGCAUAGUGAUCAGAGAACCCGGUUCUCAAUUAAAGGGAAGCCCAUAUAUCAUUAUUGUGCAGUUUCAAGUUUCAGUGAAUAUACAGUGGUGCACACUGGGUGUGCUGUCAAAGUCAGCUCAGCUGCACCUUUGGAGAAAAUAUGCCUUCUGAGCUGUGGGGUAGCUGCAGGUUUGGGUGCAGCUUGGAAUGUUGCUGAUAUAGCUGAAGGAUCUACCGUAGUCAUUUUUGGUCUUGGAACUGUAGGCCUUUCUGUUGCACAAGGUGCUAAACUCAGAGGGGCAUCUCAAAUAAUUGGUGUUGACACUAACCCUGAAAGGCAUGAGAAAGCAAAGGUUUUUGGAAUAACACAUUUUAUUAACCCAAAUGACUUUGAGGAACCUAUUCAACAGGUUGUUAAGAGUAUUACAAAUGGAGGGGCAGAUUACUCAUUUGAAUGUAUUGGUGACACUGGAAUGAUUACAACAGCCUUACAAUCUUGCUGUGAUGGGUGUGGAUUAACGGUAACACUUGGUGUACCAAAACUGAAACCUGAAAUAUCUGCUCACUAUGGACUGUUUCUUAGUGGAAGAACACUGAAAGGGUCUCUGUUUGGAGGAUGGAAACCUAAAUCACAUCUUCCUUCAUUAGUAGACAUGUAUAUGAAGAAGGAAAUCCAAGUUGAUGACUUCAUCACUCACAAUCUGCCGUUCGAAGAUAUCAAUAAAGCAUUCAAUCUCAUGAAAGAAGGGAAGUGUUUACGUUCUGUAAUCCACAUGCCAAAAUAGUUCUUUGGUUCUCUCUCUCUCUCUCUCUUUUUCUCAUGAAAAAGGAGGUGGGGGAGCGUCAAGGCUAGGUACCGGUCCUUUAUUUGAACUGGGAGCCCUUUGAACUUCAAAAUGUAUCUAUGUUGAUGGUUUACAAAUUAUUUCUUAUUUAUCAUGGAAAUCUAGUGCCUGAAUUAUUAUUAUUAUUAUUAUUUUUUGAAUUCUUGGUUGAAAAAGAAAGAGAAGAGAAAUCCCCUUAGAAAUGCCUUUGUUCAGGCUAUGUUGCUGCAGUAA